AAAGUUCCAAUAUAUCCUUUUGAAUAUGAGGAAGAAGAGAAGCGAAGGGAAAGGGGAAACUGGGGGCGCAGUGGUUGGAAGUGGCGAGUGUGUGCUUUUGAUUUGAAGGCCGAAAUGGGACGGGAGAGGCGCAGCAAGGCAGGCCCUUUUGGAAAAGCGAAAGCCCAGUGCGGGCAGUGGCUGCCUUUGUCAAUUUCUCAAACAGGUAAACUGCAACAACUCUAUUUCUACUUCUACUUCUAUUUCUAUUCUAUGUUUCAAAAUUUUGAAAAAGAAAAUUCAAAAUUCUCUCUCACACCUCAAUCAUUGAAAAGGCUUACCAGCUCACGUUAGCAGAGACCACAAGCCGAACAGUGCCUCGAGCUUUUAAAAUUAUAUAUAUGGAAAACCCUGCCACUGCGCUCUGCCCUCUCUGUCCUCUGCGGCUGUGUCUGGUGAACGGUGAUGGUGGCAGAGCGGGGUGUGAACCCCACCUACAUUGUCACGAGUCCACUCGCCACUCACCACUCACCACUCACCACCAAAAAUAUACAAAAUAAGAAAUCCCCUGUUCCGACAGUACUAUACUUCGGUAAAUCGCUUCUGUAGAUCGACGGGAUAACGAUCACCCUACAUUGUUUUUUUCAUGAAAACUAGGGUCUCUUCAAGAUUCUAAAUUUUUAAUAAAUACAUUGGUUUUUUUAUUUAAUAUGUUAUUUAGAGCUCAAGAAUGAAACACCAUCUUGAGAUUUGUUUCAUUACUGUUUCUUUCCUUUUUCUCAAGCUAGAGGUCCUGCGUCUGUCUGUUGAUCUCCCCCCUCGAACUCGCUGAACUUUUCUAGGUUUGAUUUCUUUCUUAAUUUCUUAGCAACAAAUGAGUUCUUAGGCAUCCAUUAAAACGUAGGACAAGGAGUAUAAAAGGACACAGAUUUUUCCAUUUUCAAGACCAUCUUUCUGAACGAGGCAAUCCCAGGUCCACAGAGUUAUACUUAUGGCCAUUACCCCAUAUGUGGACUCAAGGUUGGGACCAUUUGCAUUCAACCCUCAUCCUAAAACAAAACAAAACAAAACAAAACCAAAACUCUUCCUUUAGUUUAAGUAGGAAUCCAACGCCUUGCUUACGUGCACAGUUUCAUACCCUAAACACAUGGUGCUAUGUUUCAGUGCUAAAUUUUAAGAAAUGAGGAGGAUUUUAGCGAUUAAUCAAGAAUAGUUUCUGUGUGUGUAUUCAAUGAUUUUGCCCUGCCUAUCUUUCUUUCUUUCGUUUUCUUUACUAUUGCAUUUUCCACAAGAAAGUUGGACAAAGGCUGAAAAGAAUAUAGAAGAAGAAGAAGCUGCCCAGAAAACGAAACAAAUAACAAAAUAUAGGAAGAGUAGCAAUGUCGGAAAAGGCUUUAUUUCUGCUGAUUUGCUGAUUUGCUGUGGGCACAGACUCCGAAUCUGUUUAAUGAUAUAUAUAUAUAUAUAAAUUCACUUCCCAGAGAGAGAGAGAGCGAAAGAGAGGGGUGUUUCGUUGAAAACUUUGUAAAUUAAUGUGUUGAACUGUAACUUUGAUUGUAAACUGCUGUGGUAUAGUGUAUGUGUAUAUGUGUAUGUAUAUGUGUAUGUGUUUGUAUCUCUCUCUCCUACGUAGUGCUCACGUGGGGUCUGAGAUGGUUGCUUCCAUCGUGCUUUUCGCUUCUUUUUUUCUUUCCUCUGCAAUGCAGUGGGUGGAGUGGUGAGUCACCAGGGCAGGGGCAGAGACCCAGAGAAGGCAAAGACAAAAAUCACUGAAAGAUCCACACACGCAUCCACAUGGGCUUCUUACUCCUCCAAAAUUCUCCCCUCUCGCCCUCAACUCAAACUCGUCUCAGAUGCCUUAAAUUUUGCUAAAUGGGUUCGUACAAAACAGACACUCCCAUAUGGCCAUUUCAGAGCAGCCUUUUUCACCCUCUCUCUUUCCCUUUACCAUUACCAUUGCCAUUGCCAUUACCGCCUCCCAUAAUUGUCAAACCUGUAAAGUUUCCCUCCUACUCCUCCUCCUCCACCUCCUCCACCUUCCUGUUUAUCUUCCCCUUCUCCUUUCCCCCUUACUCUCUCUCUCUCUCUCUCUGUUUUCCCCAAAGCCUACAACUAACUAUUAUUGAACUCCCUUCUUCCAAAUGAAAUGAAGCUUGCUUACUUGCUGCAUUUAUUGUGGGCUGCAGAAACCUUUUCUUUCUUUUGCCUCAGUCGUAAUCUAUCCUUGUCAGGGCGUCUUAUUUACCGCCCCCUCCUCACUAUCUUUUCUUAAUUUGCUUACCCUUCGUACACUCCAUCAUUUUCCGCUUCUCACUAUUUUCUGCACUGCAACUUCUGGGCUUUCAUAACUGUACUUACUACCAGAAGUGACAACACACUAUUCUCUUUCCCUUAUGUUUACUUGAUUUGUGCCCUGCCACUGCUUGCUUUGCCAUUUCGGUAAUUCACCCCUCUUGCACUCUGUCUUGCUUGCCUUUCCCCAAUGACUACUCCCACUCGCCCACCUUCCUCUUCUUCCUCUUCAAUUCCAUCCCUCCCACCCCCUUACCCCAAGUCGCCUCCUGAGUAUCCAGAUUUGUAUGGAAAGCGCCGACAAGCCGCCAAGGUUCAGAUGCUCGAGAGGGAGAUUGGUUUUCUCGAGGAAGAAUUGAAGUCUACUGAAGGUCUUCAACCUGCAUCUAAAUGCUGCAAAGAAGUAGCUGAGUAUGUGAUCGCCAACUCAGAUCCCUUGAUACCAACAUACAAGAAGCAUCGCCGCAGAUGUCAAUUUUGGAAAUGGUUCUGUGGAUUCCCCUGUUGUAAGUUAUCCUGGAUUUGCUGUUGCUGUUAUGCUGGAUGCUCGAUCCAUCUCGAAAUCCCACCCUGCUGCAACUGUAAUAACCCAUGUAAAUGCCUAUGUUGCGGUAGCUGUAAAUUACCGAAGUGGCAGUGUUGCGGGGAGUGCAGGGAGUGUUGUGGCCAGUGUGGGCAUUGUUGCACUUGUCCAACACUACCCCAAUGCUCAUGCCUUUGUCCAACCAUCUCAUGCAGCCAAUGUUGUAGCAAUUUUUCAUUACCAUCCUGCUCUUGCCCGGAAUGCCCAUGCUGUGAAUGCAAAUGCAAAUGCAAAUGUACGUUAGGAAAAUGUCCAAAAAUACGACCUUGUUGCUGUUUUGGUAGCAGAAGCUGUUGUGGAUGUACUGGAAACUGCUGCUGUAAUCCAUGCCAGUUGUGUUGCUAGCCAGAGACCACUGCUCAAUCCCUUAGUCUAAUCUGUAUCUCUUUGGGAACCUUCGAGCAGUUCAGUUAUGGAAUGUCAACUAGUCCCAAGAAUGUAAAAUAAGAUACAGUGUUUGCUGAGGAAGUCGGUGGCCGAGUGAAAAUGAUUCCUUCCUGUGGUGAGUUUAGCGACUGCAACUGUAACUGCAACAACUGUGAGGAGAAUGGGGCAUCCUAAACGCCUUGCCUGCACAAACUGGGAGAGGUCAGCUUGCUCAGGUCCAUUAAGCAUAGCAAUUAGCAACCAUAAAAGCGGCAGUUGGAUAUGGAAGAAGGAACGGGCGGACCCAUGCCACUGCCACUGCCACUGCCAUAUCAUAAUUAUCAAAAAAAAUUUACAAAACAGUAUUAGUUGAUGUGGAGACCUUUUUGGAUGAGUAAAAUCAAUAAUAUUCAAGACUUAAUCCUUUUCACAAGCGCCAUUAUUUGCUAAUGCAAUUUGCUCCUCGCUUGAAAGUUGAAACCUCCUUUUUAAGUGACAGAUCUUUCUGUGAGCCCAUAUGCACAUGCAACCCCGCCCAGCUUGCUUCCUCUUCUUUUGUCCUUAACGAUUUUCCAAGAGCUAAAAAAUUGCCAAAUAUGUCAUUUUAUGUUCUCAAUCCACUUUUCUAGUUGCAUCACAGAUUUAAUAAAACCUUGGGACUGCAAAAUACUUUUCGUAAUUUUAAUCCUUCUAUUUAUUCAACAGAAAAGGUAAAAAAAAAAAAAAAA